CGUCAUUUCCUUCGAGGCAUCGUCUCGAAUGGCGGUGCAGGAAGGAAAGCCAGAGGAGUUUGAUUGAUCCGCAGCGCCGAGCUGGACUUUUAUCUUCACCGGUCAAUCUGGAAUGCUGCGCUUAGCGUGCGAAAAACUAUUCGCCCCCUAAGUUGUUCCUCGUAGGCGGCAGGAGCACGUUUAAACGAAAACGGCCGGCAGCAUGUACCGAGGCGGUAGGCCGCACAGAGGCUCUUACCCCCCGUCUGGUCGCGGCUUCGCUCCCCGCGGUUCUUCUUCGUUCGCACGGCCGCCGUUCCGCAACGGAGUCCCCCACGGAUACCGCGGACCCCCGGAGACCCACCGGCGCUCUCCGCCGAGGAGGAGGUACCCCUCCCCCGGAGGAAGAGGACCGGGGGACGGGCCUCCCCCCAGAGACUACGGACAUAGAUACACCCCCUCACCACCUCGAGGUGGGCUCCCUGUUGACCAUAGUCUCAUUAUAACUGUGGGCAAUGAGCUGACCCAGAGAGGAGGGCCGGAGAUCCCCUAUGCCAGAGACUACUCCCCACGCCAGAGCUAUGAUGGCCCCGAUGAUCACAGCUCAAGAAAGCGGAGCCCCAGCCGUGGCCGGAGCAGGGGCUGGAGCCGCAGUCCUGACAGGAUGCGCAGCAAGAGUCGACCAAGGAGCCGCAGCAGGAGCCGCAGUCCUGACAGGAUGCGCAGCAAGAGUCGACCAAGGAGCCGCAGCAGGAGCCGCAGCCGUAGUCGUGGUCGUGCCGUGAGCCGCAGCAGGGCACUGAGCCGGGGGCGCAGCAAAAGCAGAGCACGAAGUAAGAGCAGAGCACGGAGCAAAAGCAAAGCAGGCAGCAGAAGUCGGAGCAGGAGCCGCAGCAGGGGCCGCAGCAGAGGAAGGGGUAAGAGCCGUCCGCACAGCCGGAGCUGCAGUCGGAGCAGGAGCCACAGUCGGAGCAGAAGCCGCAGCAGGGGAAGGAGCAGAGCCAGGAGCCGAGGGAGAAGUUCCAGCCGCAGUGGCAGCAGCAGCAGCAGCGGUGGCCACAGCAGCGGCAAAAAGAAACGUAGUGAAGACUUUAGCGAGCUCAAGAUGGCACGGCGACGUAAAGAACUGGAGGACAUGCUGUCGAUGCCCACUAAAUCCAUCCUGAAGAAAAGAGUAGACUCCUCCGAGACGGAUUCUCCCCUGUUAGUGCAGAAUGCUGAUUCUCCACAAGGAAACGUAGGCAGUGGCCUUUCACAAGAGGCAGAGCAGUUACUCAGUGCAAUGACCAAAAACAUGGACCCAGACGUACUAGCAUCAAUGCUUUCUCAAAGUUCCAAUGCCAGUGCUCUUGAAGAGCUGAUCAGCAAGCUUCAGCCUGCCAAAGAAAGUGGACACGACCUCCCUAUCCCUCAUGAGAGACCCGGCCAGGACAACACAGACCUCAGCCAGCUUCUCAACAUGAUGGCUGAAGUGGUGUCCCAACCACUGGACAAAAAGAAAAACUUUGUAGAUAUUGAAGAUGAAGAGAAGUUUCUCUAUGGGGAUGAAGAGGAGGAGGCCAGUUUUCCAGUGACAGGGAUGCCUAAAACUGGACAGAGCAGCUUGUUGGAUGUCUAUGGGGAGACCAGAGCUGAUGAUGUACUUUAUAAUGAAACGAAAGUAGGUGCAAUUCAGCCACACGAUGUGCAGAAGAAUGAUUAUGGCACAUCGGCUUAUGUUCUUGGGCAUCCUGAAGAUUUGGUAAGCCAUUCAAAAAGAGAGAGCAAGCAUCGAGACAAGCACUAUCCUUCAGGCCGACCUGAAAAGAACCCUAAUGAGGAACCUGGUACCUUAGCACCUGGUGUUGGGCCAAGUGAUGCUAAGGUUAGGCAAGAAGUAGAGGAAUAUGAGAAAAUACAGGACCUGCUCAAGACUAUUGGGCUUGACCUAGGUGUGGCUGAAAUCAGUAAGAUGGCUGCAAGGACACAGGAGCGUCUCCAUGGUAAGAAUCCUGCAAAGAAGCCCCCUGCAGCACGCCGCCAGUUUGACAGGAAGCACAGAAGUCGCAGCAGGAGUUAUAGCAGCAGCAGUAGUAGCAGCAGCCGGAGCCCCAGCAGCCACAGCCGCAGUCGUAGUCGAAGCAGCAGCCAUGAGCGGACUCCAAGUCACAGCGGGAAGAGGUCAGUUCCUCCUGAAAAGCGAUCUUCACGGUCAGUCAGUCAGAAUCAGAAGGACGGCCGAUCUGCCCCCAAAUCUGGAGAAAGCCCUUGGACUAAUGCAGGUCCUAAGCCUCCUGAAGUUGUUGGUCCGGGGACAAAUCCAUUCCCAACUCACCCUGGGCACCCAGCCCACCAGAUGCCUCCAUAUCCACACCAGCACCCGCAUGGGGUUAUGCCUCCCAACUACCACCCCUCUGGCUUCGACCCUUAUGGGAACUACAUGCCAUAUAUGCCCCAAGGAUGGCCUAUGUACCCACCCCCAGGCAUGCCAGUGCCACCACAAAGUCCCAUGGAUGAAUACAGCUCCCCUGCCACAGAGCGACCCUUCCUGAAAGUGAUCGAUACAAGUUCACAUGAAAAGCAAGAGUCAGACAAAAAAGGAUCAAAAGUGGACCCAGUGCAAAGCAUGAAAGGUUGUAGCAGCAGCAAUCAGAGGAGGGUGAUUGAAGAAAAGAAUACAGCCAGCCAAAAACAAAAGGUUAUUGAAGAGCUUGAGAAGCUAAAAAGAGACAGAGAAUCCCGAUUGAAGAAGAAAGACAGUUUAAUAAAGGAGCUGGAGACAUUGCGCAAGCAACAAGGGGAACUUCUAAGAAAGAAGCGAAGGGAGAAAGACGGACACAAGGACCCUGUGCUUAUUGAGCUUGGUCAGCUUCAAGAAGACGUGAUGGCCCAGAUUUCCAAGCUGCGCGCUGAACAUGAGGCAGCAGAGAAGAAGCAUGAAGAACUGGUGAAGGUCGCUUCUAUCCUGGGUUUGGAUCACAGGAACCUCCGGGGCUCUGGGGACCGUGAGCAACCUCCCUCUCAGAGCAAGUCAAAAGAGAUGACCAGAAGCCCAGAGAAAUCUAAAGCGCCCUCAAACACUUCCACCACAAAGGUUACCAAGCCGUCGGCCACUCCAGCUAGUGCCCAGACUCCAGAUACGUCAGCUGAGCUAUUUGAGUACUAUGAUGCGGGAAACCACUGGUGCAAAAACUGCAACGUUACUAGUGGUUCCAUGUUUGAUUUUUUCACACACUUGCACAGCAAAACACAUAGGAAGACCCUAGACCCUUAUGACAGACCUUGGGCAACAAAGCCGGAGAGUGAAAAGAAACGCCACACAGGAGAACUGAUUUCCAAACCAGCGAAAGGAUCAGAGUUUUUGCUUCCUGUGAGAGGAUUUUUUUGCCAGUUGUGUGAAGAGUUUUUUGGCGAUCCUAUUUGCGCAGAGGCCCAUGUCACGUGCCAUGCGCACAACGAGAAGUACAAGAAACAAAUGUAUGAGAAUCCUCUCUAUGAGCAAAGGAGGAACCUGGAUCGCCAGGCUGGCAUGGAGAGUGAAAAAAAGCAGGCUGAUCACAAACGGAAGCGUGAUGAUUAUGAUGACACGCAAGAUGACCAGAAAAAGUCCAAACUCAGCAAAGAUGAGGGAAAGAAGUCCAAAUGCAAGGAUGGAGAAGAGGAUAAGCCUAAAUAUAGCAAAGAAGGUGAACAAAAGGUGAAGUACAUCAAAGAGGAAGAGAGCAAACCUAAAUACAGGAAGGAGGAGGAGGAGCAAAUGAAAUCGAAGAAGGAAGAAGAGAAACAAAAAUUCAAGAAGGAGGAGGAUGAGCGAAUUAAGUAUAAAAAAGAAGAGGAGGAGAGGGCCAGACAUGCUAGGGAAGCAGAAGAGAGGAACAAGUAUAGAAAGGAAGAGGAAGACCGGUAUCGACAGAGGAAAGAGGAGGAGGAGAGGUAUAGAGCUGAGGAAGAGAGAUCUAGGUACAGGGAAGAAAGUCGGUACAGGUACAGGGAAGAUGACGACAUGUAUAGAUACAGGAAAGAUGAUGAAAGGUCUAGGUAUGGUAGAGAAGAUGAAAAGAAAUAUAAAUACAGCCGCGAAGCUGAGGAAGACAGGAGACCGAAAUACAGGGAAGGUGAUGGGGUAAAGUGGCCAAAAUCUAAGUGGGAGGAUGAAGAUGAGGAGAGAACUAGACAUGAGAAAAAGGAAGAUAAAUGGCAGCGCCAGAAAGAUAAGGCUGAUCGAGCCAAAGAGAGUUCUAAGACCUCGACGAAAGACACCAAGUCUGAGCCUGAGAAACCCAGUGAGCCUCCUAAGAUCCUGUGUGGGCCCAGUCCAGCCAUGCUGGCAAAACUUCGCAAAAAGAAUGAGGAGGCUACUGGCCGUCCUGCCUUUGGAAAGUUCAGCUGGAAGAAGCCGGAAAAGACAGCGCUGGAGAGGGAAGCUGAAAGAAUUGCAGCACAGUUCAUAAAGGAAGAUGAAGAGUGUGUUGCAGCUGCAGCAGCACAGGAGAUCAACAAAGACCCUGAGGACCAUGAUGCAUUUACCAAAUCGGUGGCUGCUGCCAAGAGCAUUGCCAUCAAAUUGUCUGGCAAGACGGUUCUUCCCCCUUCUCAAGAAUGGGUGGCCUAUAACCAAAACAAAAACCGCCCUAGUUUACCUCCUACUUCCAAUAUUCUGAGAAAGUCCAAUGUCGGAUUACAGAACAAACCAGCUCCUCUGAACACACCACCCUCAAUUGGACCAGCCGCUGCCACAGUCAGCAAAUCUCCUGGGCCUGCAAUGAAAAACCAGCCCCAGAAAGAAGGUGUGCUCUCAGCAGAUCUAAUCUCCAUGGCAUUUGAAGGUCAAGAGGUGCAGUUGAAAACUCCAGGUGAGAACGUCUCAAGUUCUCCACCCACAUCAAGCUCCUUAACGACUGCUUCUACGCCACCUCCAACAGUUACUUCUACGCCACCCCCAAAGGUUAUUUCAGUACCACCCCCAACAGUUACUUCUAUACCACCUCUAACAAUUACUCCUAUGCCUCCACCACCACUUACUUCUAUGCCUCCACCACCACUUACUUCUAUGCCGCCACCACCAAUUACUUCUAUGCCGCCACCACCACUAACUUCUAUGCCGCCACCACCAACUUUUAUCCCUCCUCCAACUGCUGCUUUCAUGCCACCUCCAACUACUUUUUUGCCACCUCCAACAUCUACUUUUUUGCCACCUCCAACAAUUACUUCUGUGCCUCCUCCAGGAUCCACAAUGACGGAGGUUGAGGCUAUCCAGCUGAAGGCACCUCCUGAAUGUAUAGUCAGCCUCGAAUCUGAUGUAGCUGCUCCUGGAGUACCUGAGGAGGAGCAGAACCUUACAGUAGUGGUCCGUCCUCCUCCUCAGCUUCAAAUCAGUGCAAGUGACUCCUCUUUAAAAUCAAACAAGCCUAAAAAAAGCCUUGCUGCAGCAAAAGCAAAAGAUUUAUUUGACAUUUUCUACAGUGCCAGCAGCACUAUGGCUAGCUCCAGUGUUGCCAGUGCUGCCAAUAAGGCUGGCACAAAAUCUAGCUCUAAAGCUAACUCUGCACAACAGGAAGAUAAAGAUUCAACAAAAAGUGAGAGCCCAAAGAUUGGAAACUCAAAGUAUAAAGAAUCAGCUGCAGAUAGAGAAACAAAAUCUGAACCACUAGCUGUGGAUAAAAGUUCUCUAGAUGGGGAACCAGAGGUAGACAAAAGCUCUCUGUUUGAGGAACAGGUGGAAAAAGGGUUUCUGGGCAAGGAACCACAGGUGGAUAGAGGCUCUCUGGAUGAGGAACCACAGGUGGAUAAGGGCUCUCUGGAUGAGGAACCACAGGUGGAUAAAGGCUCUCUGGAUGAGGAACCACAGGUGGAUAAGGGCUCACGGGUUGAGGAACCACAGGUGGAUAACGGCUCUGUGGAUGAGGAACCACAGGUGGAUAACGGCUCCCUGGAGGAGGAGCCACAUGUGGCUAAAGACUCAAAGGCUUUGGAGGUCUCAGAAAAUGAAGAGAACAGUGAGAGUUUAGAAAUGAUUGUUAACAAGAAUGAAGCAGAUACUCUAGAACAUGAGGCCUCCUCAGCAAUCCUGGACAGCAUUGAGAUCAUGGAUACAAGUGACGACCUGGAUGGGGAUAAUCAGGAUGGGGAAAACCCUCUGGACUCUGAAGACGCUAUAACCGUUUCGUUUUCCCCCCCACCAGGGUCUUUCACAGAGCAACUGAAUUUGGACACAUUUGAGUUCAAUUUUGACUCUUUGUAAAGGACCUUCAGACAGUAGGUUUAGGGAUGUGCAUAAAACCUCUCUGUUUCUGUAACUUUUGAUUUGUAAACAUUUAAUUUGCGUUGUUCAGUCGAGAUAUUUCACAUCUUUUCUUAACCUUUUGGCAGGUAAUGCCAGUGAAAUGAUGGACUGACACUCAUUCUGAAGUGGGUGUUGGGAAGGAGAUUCCACAGAAAGAAUGAACACUUUCUCUUCAAGUAAUGAACCAUUAAUACAUGUAAAGUGUUACAGUAUUUUUAUUGUACAUGGCUUUGAACAUCCUGCUUUUUCCUUGCCUUGUUUGCAGCUGAAACAGUUCCUUUUUUAAAAAAAAAAAACAAAGGUAAUGUAAAACAUUUUUGUGUAGGUCCACUUUAAGUUCAUGUCUAAACCAUUCUGCCUGUUUCUUCCAUUGAAGUAAAUGAAAGAUAUUUUAAUACAGGAGCCAGAGAGAUCCAAGCUCCGAAGAGAAAAACGCUAUGGAGGUCGGCAUAAGAUAUUUUCUCUUCACAGCCCUUACCAGAAAGGAAGCAAGAUCUACAUAUUGUACUUUACAAAACAUCUUGAAUAUUAAGAUGUUGGAUAUCAUCCCCCAACCCCACUCCCCCAACCUUCCUAAGAAAAAAAAAAAAGACCUGACAGUGAAAGUGCUCCACCUGCCCUGUCUGACUCUGUAAAUAAUUGUUGUUCUGUAGUUGCUGGUAUACAAGUUGUAGUUCAAAUAAAUUUCAGUGACCAAAA